AAGCAGUUGUGUAUGCUUGGCUCAAAUUAUGCUUUGUGCCCCUUUUCUUUUUCUUUAAACAUUGCAACAUGCUAGAAGUAAUACCAGAGAUAUGCAACCUAAUAAUGGAAGUCAUAGAACAGCCAAUGUUAUCAAAACUUGUUCAUGUCUUUGGCAGCACAUUCCUAAUCAUCUUCUCUUUUUUACUUGUCACUGACGGAAUCUACUUCCUUGCCUUUCUCAUCGCAGGCUUUGUCUUGGGUGGGCUUUACUUUAAUAAUACAGAAGGUAGAUUGGUCAUACAAGAAUAUCAAAAGACAUUUCAUGAAGAACCAGCAGAUACAUCAUCAACAGAAAGACUUGAGCUUCAUUAUCGUUCACUUACCCCUGUUGUUGAUCAACUCCUUGAUUAUUUCAUACGCGACUUUAUAGCCAAUUGGUGGACGCCACUUAAUGUUUACGAGGACGUUCAAUUUGAGAAAAUCACAAGAGAAAAAUUAAAUGGUGCUUGUAUGCAGUUAGAAAAGAUCCUUAUGAAUCAGGACAGAAAUGAUAUCGUCAUGUCAACGUUAUAUGGAGUAGCCAAUACAUUGAUCAUUCACAUGAGAGAGUGUAGAGCUUUAGAAGAGUCAGAAAUUUCUAUAGAGGACUACGUUAGAAGAAACCCACAGUCACCUUUUGCACAGCUCUUAUCCAAGCAUGAACAGCAUCAGCAACUUCGUGGGCUUAGCCAAACAUUAUUAAAGAGAGCAUUAACAGGCCCCGAAAAGGAGUCCAAUUUGUUAAUGUCCUUACUUCGUGAGCUACUGGCUACCUUUCUGUUUGGCAACAUUCUCGAUAUCCUUAGCGACCCUGAUUUUUUGAAUUGUUGGAUCAUUGACCUUUUAUCAGACCAAGCAUCAUCCGAGACAGUUCAAGCGACAGUAUCUGCUGCUCUCGAAACCGUCGUUUCGGAGAAAAUAGAUGAUGAUGAUGGAUUUGAAACAAAACAAGACGACGAACUCGUCAGUUUUUCGCCUGGACUUGUUCAUUUCACCGUCAUGGAUAUCUCGCCGCCACAAUCACCAGAUCAUCCACUAAACAAGAGUCAAUUGACCUACAUCAUCCAGAUCGAACGACCUGCCAACGAGGAUACUAUAGGAUCGGAAGGUGGUGGAUACGUGAUCACACGAAGCUACACUGAUUUCGAAAGCUUUCACAUGAUCCUCUCUGCACGAUACACUCGACGCAUCAACAAGAUACAGCUCAGACUUCCACUGGAUCCUGCCAAAUCCUGGCUAAAGACACAAACGAAAAAGAAGGGCGAAGAAAUCAGUCACGAUCUAGAGAUAUAUCUGGAUAAGGUUGUGCAUGAUACCGAACUGGGCAGAGAUCCUUUGAUUUCUGCCUUUUUGAGAAAAGAAAGACGAUCGGAAGUGAUGAACGACGAUGUCGUGUCAUUUUCGGAAGAGUACAAGGAUCAGGUCGUGGCAGCAUAUGCUCUCUUGACUGAUACAAAGCCUCUGUCUAGAUCACGGUCUCUGUUUUCGCGCAACAAUUCUCCCAAGAUGGAAACCAAGGAUGAUACCCAUUCGAUGACAAGUAGCAGUAGCACGACAACAGAAGAAGAGGAACAAAUCAUACCACCCAAAGCGCUUAGUUCGAUGGAUGUAGAGCUCUUAAUUGAAACAACGUAUGCACUCGUGAUUGAGAUAUUCAAUCUGACACCGUCGAAUAAUAAAGCGUGGAUGCGAAGGUCUAUCCUGAACAUACUGAGGGAAAUUGUCCGUCGAUCAUAUACAGAGUUUAUUACAGAACAGUACAAUGAUCUAUUGAAUGCGUAUAUGUCUCCUGAUGCCAUCAUGCUUCGAUUGAAUCAGCUCGGUCAGCAGCUUUGGCCAGAAGGUCAAUGGGUCGUAGGAGAGCAAAAGCGACCGAUAGAGAAGCGCACGGAUAAGGAUAGAGAAGAAAGUAAGCGAAAGGCAAGAAUCAUGUUGAUGAAUCGAGUGAUACCUAGUACAGUUCGUCAGCUCAUUGGUGAUCAGAACUGUAAUACGGCUAUGGAUCGCAUCUGGGCUCGAUGCCAAGAUCCUGUCCUCAACCGAGUACUCAUGCUACAAUUAGUAGAACGUAUCAUAAAGCCCAUUCUGGGAUAAAGUAUAUAUGUUUAUAUAUCUCUUUUUGUGUGUAUGUGUUGUAAAUAAAACAAAAAAGUCCUUCCCCUCCUUUU